ACUUACAUCGGGAAUGUGGUGAUCUCAGUGAACCCGUAUCAGCCCCUGCCCAUUUACACAGAAGAGACGGUGGAACAGUAUAAGAACUGUAACUUCUUUGCCGUAAAGCCCCACAUCUAUGCCAUAGCUGAUGAUGCUUACCGCUCCCUGAGAGACCAGGACAAAGACCAGUGUGUCCUUAUCACAGGCGAGAGCGGAGCUGGCAAAACAGAGGCCAGCAAGCUAGUGAUGUCCUAUGUGGCAGCUGUAUGUGGGAAAGGGGAGCAGGUGAACCGGGUCAAGGAACAGCUGCUGCAGUCAAACCCUGUCCUGGAAGCCUUUGGGAAUGCAAAAACCAUCCGUAAUGACAACUCCUCAAGAUUUGGCAAAUACAUGGACAUUGAGUUUGACUUCAAGGGUGAUCCUUUGGGUGGUGUCAUCAGCAAUUACCUGCUGGAGAAAUCCCGGGUGGUCCAUCAUGUCAAGGACGAGAGGAACUUUCAUAUCUUCUACCAGCUCCUGUCUGGAGGCUCUGAUCAGCAGCUCAAACGGCUGAAGCUAGAGAGAGACUGCAGCCUUUACAGCUAUCUCAACAAGGAGGCCCCAAGCCUGCAUGGCGUGGACGAUGCUGCCAACUUCAGGGCUGUUCAGGAUGCCAUGAAGGCCAUUGGCUUCUCCUCAGCAGAGGUGACUGCGGUGCUGGAGGUGGUCGCUGUUGUCCUCAAACUGGGCGAUGUGCAGCUGAGCGAGCAAUUUCAAGCCAGUGGCGCAGAGUCCUGUGGAAUCCAGAAUGAACAAGUGAUACGGGAUAUCUGUCAGCUGAUCCAGUUGGAUGAAUCUGUAUUGGAAAAUGCUUUGUGCUGUCGGACUGUGGAGACCCAUCAGGAGAAGGUGGUGACAACUUUGAGGGUAUCUCAAGGUUAUUAUGCACGGGAUGCCCUUGCAAAGAAUAUCUAUAACCGGCUGUUUAACUGGCUCGUUAGCAGGAUCAACGAGAGCAUCAAAGUCACAACGACCGAGCACAAGAAAGUGAUGGGUGUUCUGGAUAUUUAUGGCUUUGAGAUUUUUCAGAACAACAGCUUUGAGCAGUUCAUUAUCAAUUACUGUAACGAGAAGCUGCAGCAGAUCUUUAUCCUGCUGACCCUGAAAGAAGAACAAGAGGAGUACGUUCGGGAGGGCAUUGCAUGGACUCCUGUGGACUUCUUUGAUAACAGCAUCAUUUGUGACUUGAUCGAGGAUAGCAAAGGUGGGAUCUUGGCCAUGUUGGAUGAAGAGUGCCUUCGCCCAGGGGAGGUGAAUGAAGCCACAUUCCUAGCCAAACUCAACCAAGUAUUUAAAGAACACAAACGCUAUGAGAGCAGAGUCACCCAGAAUGCCAAACAUAUCAUGGAUACCAGCUUGCUUGCCAACUGCUUCCGUAUUCAUCAUUACGCUGGCAAAGUGACCUACAAUGUGACUGGAUUCAUAGAAAAGAACAACGACCUGCUUUACAGAGACCUGUCGCAAGCCAUGUGGAAGGCCAAGCACAAGCUGUUACACACCCUGUUCCCUGAAGGGGACCCUGAAAAAGUCUCACUCAAGCGUCCACCAACUGCAGGCUUCCAGUUCAAAGCUUCUGUGGUCACCCUCAUGAAGAACCUCUACUCCAAGAAGCCCAACUAUAUCAGGUGCAUCAAGCCCAAUGACACCAAGAAGGCUGCUAUGUUCACGGAUGCGCUGGUUCGGGCACAAGUGCGCUACCUUGGCCUGCUGGAGAACGUGCGAGUUCGAAGAGCUGGCUACGCCUAUCGGCAAGUCUAUGAACCAUGCCUGGAGCGCUACAAAAUGCUCUGCAAGGAGACCUGGCCACACUGGAACGGAAGAGCCAGAGAUGGUGUUCAAGCCCUCUUGGGCAGCCUGCCGAUUGACCCCAAGGAACUGGCAUAUGGACACACCAAGAUCUUCAUCCGCACCCCUGCUCUGCUUUUUGACUUGGAAGACCGACGUCAGCGGCGAGUGGGAGAGCUGGCUGCCCUGAUCCAAGCGACUUACCGGGCAUGGAAAUGCCGCAUGCUCUAUCAAAAGAUGCGCAAGAGCCAGAUCCUAAUCUCUGCCUGGUUCCGGGGCAAUGCACAAAAGAAGAAAUAUUCCAAGAUGAAGAUAUCAGCUGUUCUUAUCCAAGCCUAUGUCCGAGGUUGGAAGACACGAAAGGAGUACAAGAAGUAUUUCCGUUCUGGAGCCUCUUCCCGCAUCACCACUUUUAUCUACCAAAGUCUGGUGCAAAACUUUCUCUUGGCUCUGAAAAACAACUUGCCUUCCAUGACGGUGACAGACCGCACUUGGCCAACCGCUCCUUACACAUUUCUCACUGAUGCUAACCAAGAACUAAAGAAGAUCUUCCACCAUUGGCGGUGUAAGAAAUAUCGGGACCAGUUGUCACCGCAGAGAAAAGCAGCCCUCCAGGACAAGUUGUGCGCCAGCGAGCUGUUCCGGGACAAGAAAAGCUUGUACGCCAAGAGUAUCCCGCAGCCUUUCCGAGGGGAAUAUCUGGGCCUGAAAGAGAACUCCAAGUAUCGUAAGCUCCAGUCCACCACCGAUGGCAAGCUGGUUAUGGCAGACAACGUGAGGAAAGUCAACCGGGGCGAUGCAAAGGCCUCUCCUAGACUCUUCCUUCUCACCAAGAGUCAUGUGAUCCUGGCUGAUCCCAAGGUGGCUCAACCCAAAACUGUGAUCACCUUGAGCGACAUUGACAGUGUCUCCGUCAGCCGCUACUCGGAUGGGUUCUUCGUUUUGCACCUUAAAGAGACGUCCACAGCGGGCAGCAAAGGGGACUUCUUGCUGAUCAGUGACCACCUGAUCGAACUGGUCACCCGGCUCCACCAGACAGUACUGGAGACUACAAAGCAGAGACUGAAACUCCAAGUGACUGAUGAAUUUCUGGCGAAGUUCAAGCAAGGCAACAUCACUGUCAAGGUAGUGGAGACAGCUGAGAAACAGGGCACGGCGCCCAUCUGCAGGAAGAAAGGGAGCCGCAGGAUGGAGGUGUUGGUCCACUGA